UUCUUCCGUCACCUACCUGCUGACGUACACAUUUGCUUACUUUUAUCUGCGCCAUCUUGAGUUACAUAUGUUACGGACGAGCUGAGUAGUUGUGGGUGCGCGCAAGCGAGGAUCGAGAUGGUGGCGCACGUUCUGGUGUUCCCGUGCCCGGUGCAGGGCGACAUCAACUGCAUGCUCUACUUCGCCGCUGGGCUCCUCGACGCCGGCCUGCAUGUCACCUUCCUCCACAGCGACCACAACCUCCGCAGGCUAGGCCUUGCCACCGCCACUAGUACUUCCCCGCGGCUGCGGUUCCUCUCCGUGCCCGACGGCCUCCCCGACGACCACCCCCGCUCGGCCGGCGACCUCGUCGAGUUCUUCAACUCCCUGCGGACCAACACCAGCGUCGCCUACCGCGCUCUGCUGGCGUCCUUGUGCGCGGGCGCACCCAGCAGCAUCCACAAAGGCUUCCCUCCCGUGACAUGCGUCGUCGCCGACGGGAUGCUGCCGUUCGCGAUCGACGUCGCCGAGGAGCUCGGCGUCCCGGCGCUCGCCUUCCGCACGGCCAGCGCGUGCAGCUUCCUCGCCUACCUGUCCGUGCCCAAGCUCGUGGAGCUCGGCGAGGUUCCCGUCCCCGCAGGCGCCGACCUCGACGCGCCGGUCCGCGGCGUCCCGGGGACGGAAGGCUUCCUGCGCCGGCGAGACCUCCCGAGCUUCUGCCGCGGCGGCCACGACCCCUUGCUGCAGAUAUUCGGCGAGGUCACCGCGCACAGCUGCAAGGCUCGGGCGCUCAUAUUCAACACCGCCGCGUCGCUGGAGCGGUCGGCGGUCGCGCACGUCGCGCCGCGCAUGCGAGACGUGUUCGCCAUCGGGCCCCUCCACGCCAUGUUCCAGGCGCCGGCGGCCGGCGGCGCCCUGUGGCGCGAGGACGGCGGGUGCACGGCGUGGCUGGACGGGCACGCGGACCGGUCCGUGGUGUACGUGAGCCUGGGCAGCCUCGCCGUCAUCUCGCUGGAGCAGUUCACCGAGUUCCUGUCCGGGCUCGUCGGCGCCGGCCACCCCUUCCUAUGGGUGCUCCGGCCGGACAUGGUCGGGGCGAGCCACAGCGCCGUCCUCCAGGAAGCGGUCGAGGCGGCGGGGAGGAGCAAGGCCCGCGUCGUGGACUGGGCGCCGCAGCGGGACGUGCUCCGGCACCGCGCCGUGGGCUGCUUCCUCACGCACGCCGGGUGGAACUCCACGCUGGAGUGCGUCACCGAGGGUGUGCCGACGGUGUGCUGGCCUUUCUUCGCCGACCAGCAGACCAACAGCCGCUUCAUAGACGCCGUGUGGGGGACGGGGCUGGAUAUGAAGGACGUGUGCGAGAGGGCGGUCGUGCAGAGGAUGGUGAGGCAGGCCAUGGAGUCCGCUGAGCUAAGGAGGUCGGCUCAGGCGCUAGCGCGGCAAGUGAGGCAUGACAUCGCAGAGGGGGGCUCGUCUGCCACGGAGUUCAACAGGCUCAUCAGCUUCAUCAAUCAACUCAGCUUGCACACGCCACCAAGUCCGGAUAAAGAGUAGCAGAGGCCGAGGGCUACAGAAAUUUAAACAGGAGGCGCAAGCAGAAUACAGUAUCUUCUCACUUAUACAAAAAAAGGAACGAAACAGGGGAAAAUAAAUGAUCGCAAAAUAUCCCCAAAAAUAAAGAAUUCCAUGCUAGUACUACCUCCGUUUCAAAAAGUUAGUUUAUAGCUUUCUGAAAAGGUUUACAUGUUGAAACGAAGGUAAUACUUAUAUUAUAUUAGGAAACAUGCAUGUGCCUUGCAACGGGUGAGAAAGUGUUGCGCUAUGAGUGACAUAAAAAAAAUUAGGUUUAGCGCACCCACUGCAAGCUCCACAGUUAGGUGCUCCACCACUGCCUCAUGUGUCUACCUGAAAUACUAAAAACUCCUUGCAAUA